CGCUAGCUGUCCGCGUCUCUAUGUUCGAGCGUAUUUCGGCGGCAGCGGCGGCAGCACUGGUGCCAUGAACAGUGGACUCCCAGCUUCAGCUGCUCCGCUCGGGGGUGUUGGGAUAUCUAAUGUUAAGGUAAAGUUUUGCCGAUACUACGCGAAAGACAAAACUUGCUUUUAUGGAGAGGAGUGUCAGUUCCUGCAUGAAGAUCCGUCCUUGGCGGGUCUGCCGCUACACAGCGGAGGCGGCGGCGGCGGCAGUCCGGUCCCGUUGGCCACCAUGCCUGGCGGAGGAGUCACGCCAGCGGGGUAUUCUCUCGGCGGAUCUGCAUCGGCCUGCACGGUUAACGCUACGACUGGUGUGUCAAAGAAGAGUGAAACUUUGGGGCCUGCAGGAACAUCUCUAGAGGGUCAGCUGCUAACCAUCCCAGGGAUGGAAGGUGGGACUUUGAGCGAUGCCAAUCUUACCAACUCUUACUUCAGCAGCAGCUUUAUCGGGGUCAAUGGUUUUGGAAGCCCAGCAGAGUCUAAAUACUCAAUGAUGCAGCGAAUGACUACCAGCAGCAGUUCUCCCAGUCUCCUCAAUGAUGGUGCCAAGAAUUUCAGCCACAGUGCUCAUGACCCAGUGAAUUCUCAGACGUCUUCGCUGUUCAGUGAUUUUGGUGCUCUUAGCAUUUCCCAAAGGAGAAAGACUCCUAACCCGGCAGCAAGUGAAUUCAUCCCAAAGGGAGCUCCACGUAUGGCCACCAUGGCUCAGUCUGCUGUGCAGGCCUUCCCUUCGCCUCUCUUUCCACAUCCUGGCCUCAGCAGCUCCACAGCUGCUGCUCUGGCUCCCGGCAUGUCCUUAUCUGCGGGGUAUCUCCACUCCAUUCCCCCAAAUUACACCUCACAGUCUCCUGCUCCUCGGCGCCGCAGUCAUACCCCAAACCCUGCCAACUACAUGGUCCCCACCACCGCAUCUGACCAGGCACUCACAUUAUCCAGAAGGAGACCGCUAGGUGGGACCACCUACUUCUACACGGACAACACCCCGGCCGCGAUGGCUGGGAUGGUACGUGUUUCCUACCUCAAUAUCUAUCCCCCUACUGCUCCCCAUGUGGCUUACAUGCAGCGAAACCAAUGCCCAUCCUUCUUCCAUGGUGAUGAACUCAGACAGGAGUUGAUAAAUAGACAUCUUAUAACCAUGGCCCAUGACCACUCAGAGAACCCAGAUGUACCAUCUGAGGUCGAUAGCUACCACAGCCUAUUUCCCCUCGAGCCCCUUCCUCCACCAAAUCGCAUGCAGAAGACCAGCAAUUUCAGCUACAUCACAUCCUGUUACAAGGCGGUCAACAGCAAGGAUGAUCUGCCUUACUGUUUAAGAAGGAUACACGGUUUCCGCCUUGUGAAUACCAAGUGUAUGAUGCUGGUUGACAUGUGGAAGAAGAUUCAGCACUCCAACGCUGUAACGCUCAGAGAGGUCUUCACCACAAAGGCCUUUGGAGACCAUUCACUGGUGUUCUCAUAUGACUUUCACGCGGGUGCAGAAACCAUGUUCAGCAGACACUUCAAUGACCCAGCAACAGACUCCUACUUCACCAAGAGGAAGUGGGGACAACAUGAACCCCCCCCACCACGACAGCACGCGGGUCUGCUUCCGGAGUCUCUUAUCUGGGCGUACAUUGUCCAGCUCAGUUCGGCCCUACGCACUAUUCAUACAGCCGGCCUAGCCUGCCGUGUGAUGGACCCCAGCAAGAUUCUCAUUACUGGCAAGACCAGGUUACGGGUGAACUGUGUUGGGAUGUUUGAUGUCUUAACAUUUGAUAACAGUCAGACCAAUCAUCUUGGGCUAAUGCCACAAUACCAGCAAGCAGACCUGGUGUCCCUGGGGAAAGUGGUGCUGGCGCUGGCUUGUAACUCUCUGACUGGCAUUCAUAGGGAGAACCUGCAGAAGGCCAUGGAGCUGGUGUCCAUCAACUACUCUUCAGACCUCAAAAACCUCAUUCUGUAUCUGCUGACAGAACAGUCUCGCCUGCGCAGCGUCAACGAUAUUAUGCCAAUGAUCGGAGCUAGAUUCUAUACACAACUGGAUGCAUCGCAGAUGAGGAAUGAUGUCAUAGAGGAAGACCUGGCUAAGGAAGUGCAAAACGGUCGCCUCUUCCGCCUGUUGGCCAAACUAGGCACCAUCAACGAGAGACCAGAGUUUCAGAAGGACCCGACGUGGUCAGAGACGGGUGACCGAUACCUGUUGAAGCUUUUCCGGGACCACCUGUUCCACCAGGUGACAGAAGCUGGGAUGCCUUGGAUUGACCUCAGCCACAUUGUGACCUGCCUCAACAAACUGGACGCAGGUGUUCCUGAGAAGAUCAGUUUGGUGUCUCGCGAUGAGAAGAGUGUCCUGGUGGUGACCUACUCGGACCUGAAGCGUUGUUUUGACAGUACCUUCCAGGAGCUGCAGGCUGCUGCAUCUGGCUCUCUGUAGCGCCCACUUUGGGCCCGGCAUGGGACUGGCUGGACCCAGAGCACACUAUUGCACUACAGGGGUGGACCAGGCUGGACAUGACAUCAGCAUGGCGAGGCAGCUGGGCAGGGCUUGCUGAACUUCAGUCACAUACACUGACCCUGUCUGCCAGGAAGGCUUUUUCUAAAGUGUAUUUCCCCCCCCCUAAACCCCACAGCUGACAGUUGAGGACAAAACAAAAAUGACACAAACAGAAGCUGUGACAAAAAGGAGUAUGAUGAACUUUUUUUUAGCUUUGGGGAACAAAAUGAACCAUGUGGUUUUCAACUUUUUUCUGCUUUUAUUGUUUAUUUUUACAGUUGGUUUAUUUUUCUGAGGAGGAUGCACUAAGAUUUUAAUUUUUUAUUUUUUUGUUAUUUUUUAUGAAUGUGUGAGUGGUCUGCAGGUGUACAGAGAGGUAAAAUCACACACAUGAAUGCUAGAGCAAACUUUGAAUAAAAAAAAAUAAAAAAAGUCCAGCUUUCUAAUGACUGCAUCUCGUGUGGCCGGAGACCACACCCCUUUGUCCUGAUGCACUAGGAGGUGGUACACACCACUGGAGGCGUUCACCUGGACUGACUGGCAUCUACUGAAAUUGGCCGGCCCACUGUUGCCUUGGAUGUUUGUUCCCCCUCAGUAAGGACAAACCAUUUGGGUGGUAAGAACAGGUUGUUUAAAUAUAAAAAUGAAUUUCUGGGCAGGGGUCAAUACAUGGUUUCUGAGGAAGGGGUGUUUUCUGCUGCAGUUACUGAUAUGCAGCAGCUGCCUUUGGUAAGUGGCCGUUAGAGUGAGAUGAACUGUUUAAGGUUGGAUCAUUGUGGUGUGGUUGUGCAAUGACUGGUCUGUGGGUGGGGCUUCUGUUGAAGUCGAGCCACAACUGCCUCUCUGUGGAAUGUCCUUAUUUUCCACCCGUCCACCAAAUUCCAGUGUCCCCUUUCUCGGUCUCUUAAUCUGCCCUCUUUGAUUUGCACCUUUUCUCACUGAGCCUUUUCUCACUGAGGACGUGAGCCUUUCUGCACUUCUGAGUAAGUGACGCCCCCCCAAGAUAGAAAUUGAAGGGUGCAGUUAAAUUUUGCCUCAAGUCUUUAUUCUGUGGACCAAUUCCAGCAGAGGUGGUAUUUUUUGGGGGGGGGGGGGAUACGGGAAGUGCAUGUGGGUGACGCACAAUAGGAACAGGGAACCAACUUUUUUUUUUUGCUUUUUUAUAUAUAUAAAUCAUGAACUAUAAGUGUGCUGGAGACGAGCAGCCGUGCUGACUUGUUUGCACUCUGAUGGCUUGGAUUUCUCUCAGGAUGACGGACAGUUGAAGGGGCCCAAUGUUUGAAUGUGUUUGGCUGUCAUUGGCUAUGACCCUUUCCAGUCAAAUAGAUGAGCUGCAUUGGAGUGGGUGGAGCGUCUUCAGAUGGAGGUUUUAGGGGGUUAAGCCAUUGUGGAGAUCAUGCUGUGCAGGAAUACAUGUUGCCCUUAAGUCCACUCCGUAUUCAGCUGUCGAUUUGAAUCUGCACUAAAAAUUGCUCUUCCACUUUGAAUAUCAAAUCCAUUCACAGCAUAUGAGUGCACUUUUGUUUUCAGCAGCUUUUUUUAAGAUGGUGUCUUACGCAAGCCAUAAUUAAGGAUGGUGUCUUGGCUGGAGCCUUUUAUUUUUAUUAAGAACCAAAACUGUUCUAAUAUGCUGUGACGGUCUGCACUUGAGGGCAACACUCCUUCUGGAAGCUGGAUCUAUUGGAUCAUGUUCUACUUCCUGUUUUAGUGAAAUAAACAGACACACAAGUGG